CAUUCAUAUAUUUUUACAACUAGUUUUGUUUGUUGUUUUUAUUUGUUUUAUUUUAUUUUGCUCGUCCAAUUUUUCUUUUUCAUCGUCGUUUAUCAUUACUUGUUUGCAAAAUGGUGUCUUCAAAACUGCUGAAGCGUUGCGUGAUGCAAUAUCGCCCUUUGGUUUUCGCUGCCCUGUUAUUAUACUUCUUUUUAUGGCUUGGUCUUAACAAGCAGAAUCUGGAGCCUUCCGAUGGCGAUGGCGAUCUCAAGAAUGCAGGAGAAGACGAUGAUUAUAUAACAGAAAACCAAAAUCAGAUGAGGGUGUCAGAGGAGCGAAUUGAACACCCAACAGUGCACCUAGCUGCGCCUCUCGGUUUUAACGAAUUCUUCAACAAGAACAUGCGAGACCUGUGCGACUUUGACUUUGAUUGUCUCUUCCACCAUGUGAAGGAACUCACAAGCGAGACCAUGCAUAAAUUCGACGUGCUUAUUAUGAAGGGUCCCCCUGGGGUGGAAAAAGUGCGGAGUCUAUGGAAGGGGGCUGAGAAAAAGAGACUGUGGCGACAGCUUUGGAUGGUCAGCUAUGGAGAGAACACUCUCAAUGGGGUCAACCAACAAGGUAUUACCGAGGAGUUGGACGGCCUAUUUAACUGGACUGGAUUUCAUUCACUAAACGCAACUUUUUUCAACAGUGUUUUUCACGUAAAAAAGAGCAACGAAUUAAAGAUGGUGGACGUCAUUGAGAAUUAUCGGAGCUUCAACAAGUCGAAAGCGUUUUGCUGGGCAAUCAACAACUGUGCCAAUACUUGGACUCCAAGAGUUACUCUGGGCCUGGAAAUAAUCCGACAACUUCCAGAAAAAAUUCACAUGUUUGGCGGGGGUGCGAAAAACUGCUUCAAAGAGGCGGCGGACUUCAUAGAGGAUCACGGCUCUUUUGGCAAUGAAGCGACUAAAAAUGAACCUCAGAAGUCAAGACAGGCACACAUGCGGGAUUGCAAGUUCUACUUCUCGUUCGAAAAUGCCAAUUGCACAGGUUACGUAACCGAGAAAUUUAGCAACCCGCUCGCUGUUUACGCAGUGCCGAUAGUGAACGGAUGGCCUCAGAGCUACAACAACUUCCUGCCCAGUUCUUCUUACAUCCACGCGAGACAGUUCGGAUCUACUGAAAAACUAGUCGAGCAUCUAAGUUAUCUACUUCGAAAUGAAACUGCCUACUAUGAGUAUCACAAAUGGCGGACAGAGUACAAAGCUUUCGACCACCUGCCUUCCUAUCCUGAACGAGAGUGCAAAAUCUGUAAAAAGGCUCUGGAAGUGAAAGAAUCCUUGGACGGACCCAACCCCCAAAUAACGACAAUUAAGAGCUUGAAAGGAUUGUUUCGAGGGCAACAUUUAUCUAAAUGCGACCAUAAAAUAUGGAAGCCUUCCUACUUUUAAGCUUUGAAACUGACACCAAACUUGUUGACAUCCUGAAGUGUAGAAAAAUUGGUAAAAAUUUACUCUGUAUUUGCCUAUUGUAUAAUUUCCAUUUGUAAAAACUGCUUCUUAAAAAUUCAUUCAUAAUCAUUAAAA